AAAAUUUUAACAAAAUUAUACAGAACAGAGAUACCAUAGGUAAUUCUGAAUAAAUGCCACUGCUGGUUCGUCACGUCGAUGACUCAUCGAAUAUGAAAGAACAUAACCUUAGACCUUCAAAAGAAGCCUUAUUUAAUAAUUCAAAAGUAGACAUUGAAGAAACUUUUUAAACCUGUUACCCAACAAGUCCGGAUCUAAAGUAUAACCAUGCUAACACUUAUGCUGACGUACCUCUUGUUUUCGUGUGUAUCUCGUACUCUUGCCGUUAAAACAAUUGAGGUUGGUCCUCACAGAGACCAGCUCUGUGGUCAAACAAUCAACAUGGAUGCUGGUAGACUUGUCUCAACCUUCGCCCAGCAAGCAGACGUAAACUUGAACUGUAUAUUAACAGUUCUUGCCCCGGCAGACAGGAUCUUUCAACUUGAAUUCCUCUCAUUUAAGCUUCCCGCCGAAACCCCUCUGGCCUGUGACAAUGUUCAAAUGGUCAUUUACGAUGGGCCUGCUAUAAAUAGUUUAACAGUGCAGCCCGAAAUACCAGCAUGUACAAACGAUAACCCCACAACUUUACCUAUGCCAGUAGUCACAUCUGGAAACGCAUUUACUUUUAGUUUUCGAUACGAUGGGCAAAUUAAGUCUCAAGUACCAAUUGACGUACAGAUACAUUUUACGUCAUGGAAAACUAAUAUCAAAAAGAAAGAUCCACCCGAGAAAGCAGGACAUGCCCACAAAAUUGCCUUUAUUGUGCUUGAAACAAUCACCGGGUUGACGAUCACAGCAGUAUUAAUCGUUGGAAUAAUCAUCUUUCUGUGCCGAAACUGUCGGCUGCCGACAAAUCCGGACCGUGAAACUCACCAAGUUCGUGAAAUCUCGUCACCGACACACGGAGGCCAUAGUUAUUUCUCAAACGCUGACAAUCAGUACCUUCUUCAGCAUCCACCCGCUCCUGCCGGUAGAGCCCCGGUUCUGCCGUUUACCCACCAUGGACAGCUUUCUUUACCACCCCCACAUCGCAUUCAAUCGUUUUACCCAAGUGGCGCGUUGCACCCGUCGUUAACAAGGGUCAAGGUUCUCCCCCUCCCAAGACAAGCUCACGGGGACGUAGGUUAUGAUACGAGAAACGAAAUCGUCUAUAUGAAUCGUUAAGCUCAGAUGUUGAUGCUGAAAGUAGCAGUCUGAUGACAAAAAAUGGGAUUUUUUUUUUAGUGGUCAAAAGCGUCAAUAAGACAAGUCGGUCCGAAUGUUGAGUCGGUCAGGCCUACAGGCAGCAUGCUAAAAAAAGGUAUCCGUUCAACUACACGCUUACGAAUGAUCGAUGAUUUUCGUAAAAAUGCUGUGACAAAUUGGCAGUCAUCCUUCACUGAAAAUAAUUUCCUUGUUUUAAAGAAAAAUAUUGUUUUCUCGUACAAAAGGUAUUGCUUAAUGUAGGAUCAUAGUUAGCUCGUGUUAUUUCGGCGAUCGGUAUCCGGGGCCUUUUGGACCAGGGCCCGCCGUACGAUGUAAAAUGCAUCCUGGAAACACGCAUGAUUCACAAAAGCCGAAAUUUUUUGUUUUAAUGCUAUGACGCCCUCUACAUCGUCACAACGGAUAGUUUUUUUUAGAAACUUACAAUUUGUUGCUACAUAUUACCUACAAAUUUACUGUUUUUUCUUUGCAUUGUUCAUAUUUUAAUAGGAGCUUUUAAAUUUGGAAAUUAAUUUGAUAAUUUCAAUAGACGGUGAUUAAUUCGUAAACAUGAAAAAGUACUGUAAUCACCAAUAACCUGAUUUAAAGGCAAAUAGGUUACUGUAGGUCUGCUAAUUAUUUGUCAGACUAUAAACAACAGCGCACAAGUUGAGAAAACGAAAGAAAACAAACAAAUGUA